UUUCCAAGUGAUAGAAAUUAAAUAACCUCCGCGGUGCUAGUUGUUCAUAACCUUAGUGGACUAUUGUACCUGCAGCACGUGACACAAAACGGAGAGCAAAAUGUCAGGAAAUGCUGCUCAGCCUCUAACAUGUAAUAAUGGCAGUGAAAGGAUUGACCCAUAUGGCUUUGAGAGACAUCAUGAUUUUGAAUCCUACAAGGAGAUGAUGAAUGAGUAUGUAGCUGUCCUCAACAAAAGAUCUAUCAGAUGGUCCAAGCUCCUUCAAGAGAGACCUCAUGUAGAGAAGAAUUUAACAGUGAAGCGGUAUGUGCGUAAAGGUGUGCCUAAUGAGCACCGUGCCAGGAUCUGGAUGGCAGCAAGUGGUGCCCAGGAACAACUGGAGAGUAACCCAGGUUAUUACCAGUCCCUACUGAGCAUGGAGCAUGACACCAAGCUGAAGGAAACUAUUCAUACAGAUAUGCACAGGACUUUUCCUGACAACGUCCUCUUCAAGAGCAAAGCCAAGCCAAGUCUGCAGAGGGCUCUGUACAAUGUGCUGCUGGCCUACGGACACCAUAAUAAGGCAGUGGGGUACUGUCAGGGCAUGAACUUCAUUGCAGGCUACCUCAUCAUCAUCACCAAAGAUGAAGAGAAAUCCUUCUGGCUCAUGGAUGUAUUGUUGGGCCAAAUACUCCCAGACUACUACAGCCCGGCCAUGUUGGGGCUGAAGACUGACCAGGAGGUUCUUGGGGAGCUGGUGAAGGCUAAAGCCCCUGCAGUAGGACAACUCAUGGCCCAGUAUCCUGGCAUAUGGACCCUGGUUGUGUCACGUUGGUUUAUCUGCCUCUACAUUGACAUACUCCCAAUCGAGACAGUUCUGCGGAUCUGGGAUUGUCUUUUCUACGAAGGCUCCAAGCUUCUUUUCCGUGUUGCUCUGACGCUCAUCAUUCACCAUCAGCCGGAGAUCUUGAGAGCUCGCUCUUUGCCAGAUGUGUGCGAGUGUUUCAAACAGAUCGCCUGUGGAGCUUUCACUCUGGACUGCCACACCUUCAUGCAGAAAAUCUUCACAGAGCCUGGGAGUCUCUCUAUGUCAACUAUUGAUAAACUGAGAGAGAAAUGCAGACAACAAAUCCUGGAGGAAGAAUCUAGACAGCCAUAAGAGUUUUGGAUCCUCCCCAUUUGCUAUCAGGAACUUUCUACAAUUACUAAAUGGUGGCUUUUGAUAUAUUAACCUCUAAUCUAGUGGACUGGAAAUAUGAAGGAUGUGCUGAAGCUUCUCAACUGAUUGAAAAUCUUUGGACCUUGUCUUUUGCUGAGGGCCUCUGAAUAGUUUUGCUGCUAUAGAUAUUUCAAGAUCAUCCCGCCUGAUGCUUUGUGUAAAGUAUUUAAAUUUGUCAUAGCACUGAUAGUAUUUGUUUUAUGACUGUGGAGGAUAACUGUUGUAGUGUACUAUGGAAGAAGGGAGUUAAUGUAUUUUGCACAGGAACACAACAUAAAUAAUUACCCAAAUCCGUUUCGUGAUUUAACUGUUUAACUGGCCUCAAAAAUGCCUCUGCCAAACAAAGGUUAGAAGAAGUGGUGAUUUUAGCGUUACAUGAGCAUCUAAAAUAACAGGUUAUUCACAGGCUCCUAACCUGUGGCUGUAUAUUCUUGUUAGAAAUCUCCUAGUACUGUUAAGGUACAGAAAAGUCAACUGAACUGUGCAACGUCUGUCACAGAAAAUCAACCUGUUGGUUUCUGAGCUGUGUUGUCCCAGUUGGAAAUGAAUAAUCAUUUACUAUAAGUGAGAAUUGGAGAUCUGUUCAAGAGGCAGCUACCUAGACCCACCUCAAAUCGACAGGUGUAGGCUUAGUACUUUUGAAUGGUGGGGGCAGACGGGGGUGCAUUUGUAAGAUGAGUAAAAAUGUUUUCAGACUCAAAUUCAAAUAGCUGCUAUUUGUAACUCAAACUAACCAACAGCCCUGGACAGAUUAUGACACAAUGGGCCCUCGGACACAAGCAUGUAAAGCCUGCGCACCCUCAUACAAAGGUGCAAAGACACAAAAACCACUACAAAAAACAUGGCCACGUAGGCGUUUUGUGUCUCUUUUUAGCAUAUGAUCAAUAACAAACAUACAGAGGCUCUGGUCCAGGGGCCCCAGGCCUGUACCCAGUCAGAUCUAGCCAAGAUACUAAUAACUCAACUACCUAUGACUUUCUGAGUAGGUGGGGGCAUAGGAAGAUAACCUUCUGGCCCCACCCAUGCAAAUCAGGCCUUUUCCUAGUUUUAUUCUGAUAAUUUUGUGAACAUGCUUCAGGUAACAGCCUCCAAGGUCUGUUGUAACUGUCAAUCAUCAUGUUUGU